UUCUACACCCCCGGAGGACACCUGCGCCAUUGCACCACUCAGCCCUCCCACCUAUGGGCGUGGACAGAUGUCUAUAACUUCCUCCAUUUGUCUUCCCAUUCUUGAUGCCGAACACCUUGAGAAAGGCCGCAUGGCCGAAAUAUGUCGGUGGUUUUAAUGUUUAAGCCCUAUUAAUUAAAGGCCUUUUAAACCUAUUAAUUCACUUGAGUGCCUGGAUUGUACUCCUUUUUCCUCUUUUCAGUUGAAUUUAUGUCUGGAAAUAAACCGGACCAGCCUUGUUUGCAAACUUCUGCUAUUUGCUCGGUAUUUUACUUUGCAUUAAUUACCCUCGCUGAGAUUUGUGAGUAACAUUUUCAGACAUGACUUUAAUGACAUCAAUCAUUUUGGGGUGUUUUAGUUCUCCAUUUUCUCUCUGGUGUCACCUUUCUGCAUGAGAGAGGAAGAACAAAGACACUUGCUGUUACACUUUUGAGCCACCAGGGGGGGCAUCGGGCAUACAGCAUCCUUGGUGAGACACAUCAAAGCACCCACAUACACACACACACAGGAACGAACACACACACACAGCAUUAGCUUUGGCAGCAUACAGAAAGAUGACAGCGUCACAUGGUGGCCCCUCCGAACGCUGCCUGCAAAUGACCUACUUCCACCUCUGAGCUAUCCCAUCAUUCAUUUGGAGUGGGCGUAGGCUCAGGCUGCAGCAUCACGACAUCAGGCUCCACAAAGGUCCACCUCCUCCCUGCUCUGGUGUACUGGAGAGAGAGAGAGAGAGAGAGAGAGAGAGAGAGAGAGAGAGAGACAGUCAGAUGAGACCCAGGUUGUUUGGAAGCGGGUGUCUGAAUUAGAGAAGGAGAGAGAGUGUGUGUGCAUGUGUGUGUGGGGGGAGAGAGACAGGGAGAGAGUGCCUGAGGGAUACAGAGAGACUCAGCAAGAGAGAGAGAGAGACUGGGAGAGAGAGGGGCAGUGUGUAUGAGUGUGUGUGUGUGUGUGCAUGAGAGAGAGAGGGAACAAGAGAGGAAAUUGAGGCAGGAGAAGGAAGAGACCAUAAAGGAAGGGAGGAAAAGGGACAAGAGGGAGAGAAGAGUGGGGGACCCAGAGGAGAGAGAGGAUGGCCGAGCCGGAGCUGAAAUCACGGAGCAGCCGGGAGAGUGUUACCAAGGCGGCGAGCAAGGAGAAGAUGGGGGCAGCUGAAGCAGCCUCAGACGAUGAUCUGACCACAGAGAAGCUCCCGUCUCCGUCCACCCCGAUGGUCUCUGGUCCCGAUGCCAGCAGCCCCACUCAAGGCUCGCCUGGCAAGGGGAAUAAAAUCGAGCUCAAACGCAGCAUCACCCUUUUCAACGGCGUGGGAAUGAUCAUAGGCACCAUCAUAGGCUCGGGUAUUUUCAUCACUCCAACCGGUGUGGUCAAAGAGACGGGCUCAGCGGGGCUCUCGUUGAUUGUGUGGUCUGUCUGCGGCGUGGUGUCGACCAUGGGCGCCUUGUGCUACGCUGAGCUGGGCACAACCAUCACCAAGUCGGGAGGAGACUACACUUACAUCCUGGAGGUGUACGGAGAACUGGCGGCCUUUCUGAAGCUGUGGAUAGAGAUGCUCAUCAUCCGGCCGUCCUCGCAGUACGUGGUGUCACUGGUGUUUGCUACCUACCUUCUGAAACCUCUGUACCCAAACUGCACUGUGCCUGACACUGCCGCCAAGCUCAUCGCCUGCCUGUGUCUCACGUCCCUCACGUUUGUCAACUGUAUCAGUGUGAAAGCAGCCACCAAGGUCCAGGACUUGUUCACGGCAUCCAAGUUGGUAGCCCUGGCCAUCAUCAUCAUCUUUGGCUUCGUCCAGAUUUUCACAGGUGAUGUGCCCUAUUUGACACCUGAGCUGGCAUUUGAAGGCAGCAAAAUGGGAGUUGACAAUAUUGUCUUGGCUCUAUACAGCGGCCUCUUUGCUUUUGGUGGCUGGAAUUACCUGAAUUACGUGACAGAGGAGAUGAUCAAUCCAGAGAGGAACCUGCCCCUGUCCAUCAUCAUAUCCAUGCCAAUAGUGACGGUGGUGUAUGUUUUGACCAACUUGGCCUACUUCACCACCAUCUCUCCUCAAGCCAUGAUUGAAUCGGAGGCGGUUGCCGUGAGUUUUGGAGAGUACCAUCUCGGUGUCAUGUCCUGGCUGAUCCCUGUGUUCGUGGGACUGUCUUGCUUCGGAGCCGUCAAUGGAUCCCUGUUCACCUCAGCACGGUUGUUCUACGCUGGAGCUCGAGAGGGUCAGCUCCCUGCUGCUCUGGGUCUGGUCCACACAGACAUGUUCACCCCGGUGCCAUCGCUCAUCUUCACAUGUUUCCUGUCCAUGAUGUACGCCAUCUCUCAGGACAUCUUCUCCGUCAUCAACCUGUUCAGCUUCUUCACCUGGCUGUGUGUCGGCAUGGCCAUUGCCGGCAUGCUCUGGCUGCGCUGGAAGAAGCCUGAGCUCAGAAGACCCAUUAAGAUCUGUGUGCUCAUCCCCGUGACUUUUGUUUUGGGCUGUGUCUUCAUGAUUGUGGUGUCGUUUUGGGCAGCUCCCUUUGAGUGCCUGGUAGGCAGCAGCAUCAUUCUCACAGGCAUACCAGCCUACCUGCUGGGCUACAAGUGGAAGAAACCCCACGUGGUCAAGAAGAUGCUGGAAAUCUUCACCAUGUUCUGUCAGAAGAUCUUCAUGUCCGUCCCAGAGGAGAAGGAGCAAAGUGAAGCGGCUGACUAACGGCUGGACACACUCUGAACCAGACGAAGGACUGAGUCAGUGUUUCCUCAUUCGAACAUCGCCAACGUGUUUACAUUCAUUCACUCUUUCCUUGUGAUGCGGCUGCAGAAAUCUUAGUCAAGUAGGGUUAACUCCAAUGUUGGCUCUGGUGUACAAAGCGUGUUUUAUGGCCAGUUUUUUGAACAUUUUCAAAACGUAGCUUCUCCUCUUUCGCUCCUUCUGGAAACUCAAAUCUAACGCUCUUCUCCGCUUUUGGCGUAUAAAUGUAACAUAACACUUUUCACUGCUUUUAUCCUGAGUGGUUUGACAUUUAUUUCUUCUUUAAUAUUUGAACAUGUGCAUUUCUUUCAUGCAGGUUUUUAAUGGGGUACCAUGCACUGAUGUUCAAAUACGAAUAAUAAUUGCAGAGACAUAGUUGUACACUGCAAACAAAGCCUCAGUAGCUACAAUAGAAGGUACUGUAGUGGCUGGUCAUGUGGCUGAGGUGACUGGACCCAAAUGCAGACUCAGGCAGGUGUGUGUUUAUUAAUAAACAGACUGGAAACGUGAGGAGGGUGGCAGAAAAACCUGUACAAUCAAGGAUGCUCUAUACAAAGUAUGGCAUACACUUCCAGUCUCCUAAGUGGGCAUGGUCACCCACCCCCAUCUGAAAGUGUUGUCAGAGACAGUUUGUCCAUCUCAAAACAAUACAACACUAGAUACAGCACAAUUUUUAAUGUUUGCGCCUUAUUUUGCUGCUCGUUUUUAUCUGCGGGCUUAACAUCUGAUGUAAAGCCAGCACAAGUUCAUAUCUGUGCUAAUAUUCUCUUUUUCCCCGCCAAAAAAGAAAAAUAAUACGAUUAAGCAAAGAAACGCAAGUCGUAUUUCAUUUUUAACUAUGAAUUCAUGGUUUCAUGUAUGAGUCCCUUUAAAUUUCUGUUUGUCCAGGUGAAAUGUGACGCUGCUAGUCUCCUAAAGAGGCAGGGAGCUCAUGUGGCACCGAUAUAGGAGGUGAUUCAAAGUGAGCCGUCUCUUUUCUGAAGGAGCAGGGACUGAUGGUUAGGUGUGGUUUAAGAAGGCAGGUAGUGAUGACAGGUGUGUGUAUGGGUGGGUGGGUGGAUGGGUGGUGGGGGGGCAUGCCCACAUCACACACACUGACUUGAAGGCAGGGAAACUCAAGGCCAGACAGGGAUCAUGACAGAAACAUAACAGGAAGCGCACAAUUUUGUAGGUAGCCUCAAGAAAUGAAGGAAGGAGGGGGGACAUAACAUGCUACUUAAAAAAAAAAAAAAAAAAAAAUCUUUACACAUCUAACAACUAACCAAUAUCUAGCUAUAGUUGGUCAUAGAUUAUGGACGCAGCUAAUGUGCGGAGGAAUUAAUCCUUUGCUGUAGUUGAGAAUGUAUGAUCUGGGCCUAAAGGGUCUAAUCUAAUUCUAAAAUCAGAUUACUGACAUUAUAAAUAGGGUUAGGGUCAGAAGAAGUAAUUUUCAAUAUAACAGAAAUUAAUGUUAUAUUUACAUGGCAUUCAUUUUGGGGGGUUUAAAAUAAUAGCACAUAAUAGCACAGGUCAUUUCGACAUUUUAAUUCUUCUUUCUUUCUUUCUUUUUUUUUUUUUUGGAUUUAUUGAUUUUCAUUGGUCAAAUCAAAGCAAGCGUCUCCGGACUAUCCGCACUAUCUCGAAAAGCACAUUUGUGCCAAGUGACGUAUGAUGUGGUGUGUGAUGUGUUGCCUUAAGGUUGUUACUGUGAGACAGGUCUGUGGCUUGUAUCAGUGGACUCUGUAUAUUUCAUUGCAAAACCAAACCGGUUCCAUAUCGGCUCCUGUGUGAGACCAUUCAUCCCUUCGUAUCGCCGAUGAUGAUGAUGAUGAUGAUGAUGAUGAUGAUGAUGAUGCUAUUUUUGAUGAAAUGACAGUGGAUCCAAACCAGCAAGUGUUUGUGAGGCAUUAUAUAUUGUCAGCAGCUUGAUUCCUGUAUAGAUGUAUAGAUAUCAUUUUAGUAUUUGUAUUUAGGAAGGCCCAUUGUAGCGUUUAGUAUUUUGAAUUGUGUGUAUCUGUUAUCCUGUGCCAGCCAUGUCGAUGCUGAUGCCCCCUGACAUUUUGUACUAGUAUUUUAUUGUUUUGUCAUCAUUCGACCACAAUGAAUGUUGAAAAAUGUAUCAAAAUCAUUUUUUAAUCUUUAAAAAACAAUCUUACUUUUAAGCUGGAUAUUCUAAGGUUUUCCCAAAGUAUUUUACAACCUUUCCAGCUCCAGUCAUGACUAUUAGAGCUCAUUAAGCUCACAGGGAAAUGGAAGAGGGGGGUGGGGACAUGGGUUGGGAGGGGCUGCUGGAUUUCACACACAGUAGAGUGACAGUGCGCCCACAGCCCAUGAUCUGGGAUCCAUUUUUACAAUUUACUCACUCAUGGUUAAAGGUGUUACAUGUAGCAUUUCAACAUUAAUAAAUCAGCAAUGUCUAAAAGUAAUUGUGAUGCAGGAAACGGAGAUUGCUUUAUGGCACAAAACUGGAAGAGGAGCACUAUUCCAAUGGUGCAAAAGCUUUCUGAAUUACUCCAAAUGGUUGAUGGAAGGAGUGACAGGCAUAUGGGAGAAAAAAAAUCAUGUAACAAGUUUAGUCUGAUGUAGAGACAAAGAAAACUUUUUUUUUUUUUUUUUUUUUUUUUUUUUUUUAAUAAAAGUAGAAAUGUAAUCUUUGUGACUGGAGGCCAAAGGGUUUAUGGGAAAUGUGGUCUUUUCUCCUUUGAGAAACACUAACAGUAUCACUGGCAUCAGAUAGAAACUCCAAAAAACUUCCUCUUUACCAAGUCGUUCACUGAAUCUUUCAUCGUAAAAUCUUGAUUUUCUUAAACCAAGAAAAAAAAAAAAAAAACAUUUCAUGGGGAUGAAAUAAUCCCACUAGUUUCCAAUGCAUUUUCACCUGCUUCAGGAAUUUUUCUCUUCUAAAUAUUCUGUUAUAAAUAUUUUUUUUCAUCCCACUGGCAGUUUUUUUGCCACUUGUUUAGACAGAGAUUUUGCAGCAUACUAAUCAAAUUGGCUCGCAUUUUUUUUAAUGGAAAUUAUACUAAGUCAUACAAAUUAAUUUGAUAAUGAUAUGUUGAAAUUGCUACAUGCAGCACUUUUAAAGUUUGGAAAUGGGUCAGGGAAGUCAUCUUCAGUCAGCAUCCGAUGGCGAACUCCCCCUUCAGCUCCUAGUUUUUGUAAGAUAUUUUAUAAGAACAAAACGUUAGUACCUGAGUUGUAACCACGGCCAGUGAAGAUUCCAACCUGUUUUUGUUGGACUGUAAAACUUCUUCAUGAUGUCCUCAGUAAACAAAACUAACUGAUUGAGAGCACAACAAAUAACAGCACAAUGUCCCACAGCUCAAUUUGGCCUUUACAAAAUGGACUUGAGUGCAGUUUGUUCGGUGGCUGGGAUGAUGAAAAAAGAAGCCCUUCUGUAUUUUGUGGCAUGAGUGUGUGCAGCAAAGCUCUGUGUGUGCAAAGUAUUACUGUGUUAUGUAUGAAUCAGUAAUACCAUUAAAGGUAUUAUUGACUUACUGGAAUGUUAUGAAAAGGAAAAAUAUAUAUAUGCUAUUAUUUUUAAUCUGAAGAAUUCAACAUACCUCUUUAAACUAUUGUAGCUAUUAUAUGUCAGUGACCAUGGCAGGUACAAGUACCAUUAAAAAUAUUUUUGUUCAAA